AUGAUGUCAAGGAGAGAAGAUCGGAGCUCAGGGCACCAGGCUUGUGAGGGGUGGAGUCGCCUCUUCCCUCAUGUGUUGGAUGGAGUGGAGGCGCUGAUGGCGAAACACGAGGCUGUUGUACUCCGCAGACGAGCCAGGCUCGUGAAUCGUCACUGGUGUCAGUGGGCAACCCAAGCGGUCAAAAGUCUCAAGGUCAUAGACGAGUCAACGACUGAAGGGAGGAUGGACAAUAUUGCCCAGCGCUUCAGUGCACUGGAGGGCCUCACUCUCACUGAUCCAGACAAAUGCGAUCUGGCGCCACCACUCUGUUUCUUCAGUUCACUCUGUUUGCUUCGGCAGUUGAGGAAUCUCACGAUUGGGGUUCGUGCCCUCAGUGGUGGUGACAUGACGUUCCUGGCGUGUGUUACAAACCUUGUGAGUCUGGAGCUGUUCAAGUGCUUUGCACUCACUGACCAGGAUUUGCUAGAGGUCACUGCUUUGGUUGGGCUCACAAGAUUGCACCUGAGGGAUUGUUGGCAAGUUUCAGGCAACGGACUUGCCAGGCUGGCAGGCCUGCCCCUUUUGGCAGAUCUCGAUGUCUCUGGCAGUUGCAUCACAGAAGUGGGUUUGGGUCACCUUGCGGCAAUGGCAAGCCUGACAAAAGUUGUACUUCCACAGUGGAUUGCGUUUGGGCGUUGGUUACCAGCGAAAAUGGCCAGGUUCUGGGCAGAGAUGACUAAUCUGGUAAUGCUAGAUAUGUCUCACUGCAGGAUCACAGGUUGUGCCACAAGCGAUCUAUUGCCCCUCCUACAGCCUUUGACCAGUUUGACAGAACUGCAUCCCCUAGAAACGAUAUCAGAUGAUGGGCUGCAGGCUCUCGGGAGCCUCACCAAUUUGUCACGCAUCGGUCUCCAUUAUUGCACACAAGUCACCAGCAAUGGCUUCAACUUUCUGAAGCAAUUUCCCAAAUUGGUCCAACUCGAAGUCCGUCAGUUGAAAAGCAUCUCCUGCUCCACCACCAGUAUCAUUGGGGGUCUUACGAAUUUGAUGGAUUUGACGCUUUUUGCCUUUCCGGACAUGGGCAUUGAUGGCAUCAGUGCACUCUCUGGAUUGACAGCCCUCACAGCACUACGACUGGAGACAAGGGGAUCGACAGUGGCAGAAAGCAUGGCAUGUCUGUCCAAUCUGACGAGUUUGAAGAAGCUGAUACUCGUAGGCACAUGUGCUUCGAGUGAUGACACAAGUGCCUGGAUGGCGCUGAGAAGUCUAACCAAACUGAAAUUUCGGGCUGCAAACAUCACGGACAUGUCUAUGGCGGGCUUGGGAGGCCUGACAGGACUGGUUAAAUUGGAAUUGCACCAUUGUGAGGAUGUGACGGAUUUGGGCAUGCAAGCGCUGGGGCUGCUGUCGGCACUCUCUGUUUUGAGGCUGGAAGGAUGCAGCAGGAUUACUGAAGCCGGUUUGAGACACUUGCUGGCUUUACGGUUCCUCAGGCGCGUUGAGAUCGUUGGCUGCCCUGAUCUGGCAUCCAGGGUGGAGGAUGUUUUGAAGCAGUGGAAUUAG